CUAGAUCUAGAUUCUGUAUAAAAAUUAUAGAUCUAGAUCUAUAUAAUAUUCUAAGACAUGACUCACUAUCAAAUGUCAUACUCCAAGGUACAGUGGAGGGAGCACAAAGAAAGGGUCGUCCAAAGAAAAUCUGGCUGGAUAAUAUAAAAGAAUGGACCGGCUUCUCUCUUGAUAUCUUGCCAAGAAUCAUAAAAUGAGUCAUAUUGAGGAAACAGUUUCUGUGCACCUCCAAGAUAUAUCUUGCCUCAUAUAUGAAACAAGGCCACAAAUUAGUGCCGCAGGACAGACCUCAAAAACACAAAAGAUGAAUCCCUUUUUACGUCUCUUGUUUCUACAACUACUGCUUCUAUUUAUAAGAAUAAGCACAAUUUUAAUUAAAUAUUACCCAAAGUCAUUUCUAGUUCUGAAACCAAAGAUAGUUUUAAAUUUAAAUCUCCAAUACAGCUUAUGCCAUCAGAAUAGCCUUGUAUAUCCUGUAUUAUUUGGGCCUAAAGAUGAUAGAUUGAGUAGACCAAACUAUGAAAAUUAUAGGCAACGACUGGCAAGUUUCAGCAGAUGGCCGGUUGAUCAUUUCUUGUUUUGCAUUACUUUGGCUAGCAAUGGGUUUUAUCAUGUUAGUAAUGACACUGAUGCAGCGGAUAAUUCUGAUAGAGAAGAAGAUCUAGUUGUGUGUGCGUUUUGUUCCUGUGUGAAGAGUCGCUGGACAGCAGACGAGGAUGUUCAAACUGUUCACCAUCAGCUCAAUCCAGAAUGUCCAUACCUGAGGUCGUUGGCGAGAUGCCAGGUGGGCGGAAAUUAUGCUUUGCUAUAUCCAUCAUCCAGUUUAUCGAAUCAAGGUAGAAGUCCUGCAGUGGUAACUUCUUACUUACCAACCCAAGCAGAGAUAGAGCAGGAGACAGUCAAUGGAGUCAAUUUAAGGAAUCCUUCAAACAUGGUCGUCAGAAACCUUGAUUGCUUACAUGCGCAGACACAUGUAAGUACAGAUGUUUUAAACUUGUGCAUGAAUGGCUUUACUUGUUUCUAUAUUUCCUAUACAUCCUUCAUCUGUCUCUUAGUUUUUUGGACUGUUGGGGAACAGCUGUUCUUCUCUCUCAAUUCUUCUGUCUUUUGCCAUUGUUAG